UGCACACAGUGGAAAUACGAGUCCUUAACUGCUGAUACAAGAUUCUGCGCCCUUGUUUGCGCUCAACCCCUCAUUCCGUCCAUUCUUGCCUUCUAUCUCACAUCGCCUUCUAUCCGAAGUCGGCCCAGCUGCCUAAAUCUCUGUGAUUGGCUCAAUCGGCUCAUAGAGGUCUUUUCGUCCUCUUAACCCCAGCUCAAGAUGACACCAAUUCUGGAAUCCUUCUUCAACGGUAUUGAUUGGGUAAGGUGGAGACGCUUGGCUUUCAUAAAUUAAGUGCUCCCCUCACCUGCCAGGUCUCGGAGCUCUUACAAUCCGGUGCGUUUGAGCAUUUUAGUCCUAUUCAUCUCAAUAGUCUGCGCUCUGGCAUCUUGAAAGUAUAUCUUUUGUUGCUCAAUCUCUCAGCAUGAUUUCGAAAUACGGCAGCAGCCCAUUUUUGGUUCUGAUACUUUGUUCUUCGUUCAUCGUUCCUCUACACGCUCAAUCCUCAGCGCCAGUGAUUGGCGACAAUCUCGUUGGCUGUGACCAAGUUGGCUGUCCACAAGCCAAUUAUGAUACACAGUGCAGUGUUGCGGAUGAAACUUACCAUGCGAUUGGAGUAGCCUCCCACAGAACUCCAUUCAGCACAGAAAAUAUUACGUGGACAGUCGCACAACAGAUGCUUGAUCAGGGCUCUGCGGAACAUCCCCAAACCAUCAGAAAAGAGUUUUACUUUGGCAGCACUCCAGGAUUUAGUUUGAUGUCUAAAUCCUCACCAUAUGAAGGCUGUGCUCUCUUUUUCCCCGAUUUUGAUCCGCCGGACAACCCUCUAUUCAAUUCAAGUUCAUGCAAUUCUACUCUGGGAAGCACCUGUGUUCAAGCACUCUACAAUCAGGCUACUACCUUUUUGUCUAAAGCGCAGAACAACGAGACCAGUUUAAACAUCUGCAACGCACUGGGAACCGAGCUUCGAGAAAAUGCUCCCUUGUAUUGCCAAGAUUCUGCUGGACGAAAUUCAACUUGGGAGACUUUGGACGUCAGGCCUCUCACCGGCUCAAAUGCUUCAUCUCCAAUCAGUUUUGAGCAAAACGCCACCUCAAAUUGUUGGCCUACUCUACCGAAAAGAAAUGAAUUACGUCCAAUGUUCUCCUAUAAUUUAUCAGGCCAGGCUAUUGCCUCCGCUGUGAACAGGAUAACGCCAAUACUUACCGUAUUUUUCUCUAGCGACAAGGCGCAUCAAGACAACAUUCUCAGCCAUCCGGACGGUAACUUUUUAUGCCUUAAACCCAUGGAAUCUAUGAAAGGGGCACAACCCAAUCAAGCGCUUUCUUUGGGAAAAGGCGUAGAGACUAUGCAUCUAGGAACGUUAUUAGUUGCAAUUCUGUUCUUUUUAAUGUAGUUUAUUUGUUUUAGCAACCGAAAACACGUUUGUUUGACUCUAAUCUGGUUUUUCGAGGUUUCCAUCUAUAUAGAUGAACAAUCAUGCAAUAGAGUCAGUAAUGUAUUUUAUCAUGACAAUUGUUAAAUUGGAGGUUGGGUGGCGACAACGCAUGAGAAAAGUCAGUUUGAGGAAAUCCAGGCAGGAGUAGUAAGCUACAUCUACGAAUACCAUUAAAGAAUGCCAAAGAUGCGCGAAAAGCUUCGUGCGUGUUUUCUCGCGUGUCUGGGCGGUAGAUUCAAAACGAGGUUGAGCUACUUCAAGUAACGAAGUGUCAUUAGAAAAGCAAGUGGAACAAUGCAUUG